AUGGGGGUUCGCUUGGCGGCUGUUCUUUGCGUGAAGGAGAUGCUUCAACAAUCUCUCAAAAGCAACCGUAGUUCCUUGGCUUCGGACAUUCCAAAAAAGGGCUACUUCACGGUGUACGUGGGGGAGACGGAGAAGCGGUUCGUCGUCCCGAUAGCUUACUUGCAAGAUCCUAUGUUUCAAAGCUUGUUGCAUAAAGCCGAAGAAGAGUAUGGAUUUGACCACCCCAGAGGGCUACUUAGAGUUCCAUGCAAUGAAGAUACGUUCACCAUUAUCACUUCACAAAUCAUGUGUUGA